GAGGAGGAGGUGGGGAGGGAAUGGGAGGAGGGGGAGGGCUCGCGCAGUGCUCCGCCGUGCUGAUGCCACUACGAACCCGUUAGCAGCCGCAGCCUCCUCCUCUUCCAUCAUGGCUCCCUCGGCGGACAGGCAGGGCUACUGGGGCCGGCCAACCUCAACGCUGGACUGGUGCGAGGAGAAUUAUGUCGCCUCCUUUCACAUCGCCGAGUUCUGGAACACAGUCAGCAACCUGAUUAUGAUUCUUCCUCCCAUUUACGGGGCCGUCCAGACGUUCCGAGACGGCCUGGAGUUCCGCUACAUCUGCUCUUUCCUCGGACUGGCAGCUGUUGGUGUGGGUUCCUGGUGCUUCCACAUGACGCUGAUCUAUGAGAUGCAGUUACUGGACGAGUUGCCAAUGAUUUAUAGUACAUGCGUCUUCGUCUACUGUCUAUACGAGUGUUUCAAAGAAGAGAACAGAGUGGGUUUAUUACCUAUCACGUUACUGUUAAUCUUCAGUGUCUCAGUCACUGUGGUGUACCUGCAGUGGAAGGAGCCGGUCUUCCACCAGGUCAUGUAUGGCGCUCUCGUGGCUUGCCUAGUAAUGCGAUCUGUCUUCAUUGUUACAUGGAUGUACCCAUGGCUCCGGCCACUGUGUUACACCUCCUUAGGAGUCUUCCUGUUAGGGUUCCUACUGUGGAACAUUGACAACAUCUUCUGUGACACAUUAAGAACCAGUAGGCAGAUGCUUCCCUCUGGUGUUGGAGUAGUGACCCAGUUCCAUGCUUGGUGGCACAUCUUCACAGGCCUCGGGUCCUACUUGCACAUCAUUCUCAGCCUCCAGAUCAGGUCAACCUACCUCAAGCACAGACCAAAUGUAAAGUUCCUUUGUGGAGUUUGGCCCACGCUGCACAUUGACCCACAGAAGACAAGUUGAAUUGACGGGCUAGGGACCGAUUGAAGACCGGUGACUGUUACACCCAGACACCAUCAGUACAGGGACCUGCCAGAGACACUGACGGGAACUCAGCCCACAGCUAGAGGGCACCCCGCUAGGGACCCUUGGGUUCUGCACCGUGGAGAUUCUUCUAAGAACAGUAAAGCACUGAAUCAAGUUUUAAGAAACAGAAGAUUUGUUUCAUAAUUUGUUGAAUUAGCAUUUUUUAAAUUUGUGUAAACAUUGUAGUUUCUCAUUCAAUUGAAAUGCAAUUAUGAUGUGUAGGACAGUGGUAUAUAUGGGUUAUGGUUGUUAUUUUACAUAGGGCUUAGGGACAUGGAAAGGCUAAAUACACUGACAUAGAUCUCUUAACUAAAGUGUAACUAAGACGUUUUCACAUGUCUACUUUUUACACAGUGUUGUCAUCCGGAUUCAAGGAGUAUUCUAUUGAUUUUAGAUGUGAUCACUACAUUUCGGUAGCAGGUGCCAACUAGAAAGUGAAAGUGAGAAUGUGUUUAUUUAGCACAGCUGUCUGGACUGGAAGACCCUCCAUAAUUUUUUACCGUACCUUACUUUAAGUUUUCCUCUUAAAACAUGCCAAGAAGGGAACAAUCAAUUUGUCUUUUCUUCCUCCGCCAAGUCUGCUGUGAGAUUCAAAACGCUCAUGUAACAUGGCAGGCUUCUCAGUGUUUUACCUCCUUGUAUUCCAGAAAGAAAUGCAAUGCAACAUCAUCACAUAUGGUGUUAUUGUUGUUAGGGACAAAGUUAAGGUUAUCAACAUGAGGAAAAUCACACACAGAUUUAGUUUCCGAGGACACACGAUUGCUUUCAGUCUUUAAAGUGACGCUGCACAUGUUGUCUCGCACAUGUGUAACACAAAGGGACAUUAAAGGGAAAGAUGUCCUUUUUUUUAAUUUAUAUUUUCCGGUAAUUGAAGGUGUUAAAGUAGAACUUAGGGUUAGGGUUACGUUUUAUUGUAUGCCGCUUAUUUAAGUCCUUUUUUGUUUCAUUUAUUUACACCGUUGCAUUAAGCUGAAGAGUCCACUAGCACAUAUUAUCUUACAUCAUAAGUUCUUUCCGGGAAACAGUUCACGAUACGACCGCUAGGUGGCAUCAUUCUCCAGCUGAUUUCAGACAUUGCCAAACACGCCAGUGUGCAUUGAUAAACCUUCUACCUGCAGUAGUGCUCGUAGUAUCUCUGACAUGGCCCUCCUGUGAGGGCCCUGUGGUGUGGAACAAGGGGAGGAUUUAUAGGUAGUAUGUGAGUACGUGGAUAAGUAAUGGUAACAACAGAACCAGGAGCCUCCAGGAACUGGUGGCCAUCGCACAGCUUAUGUUUGUUUGUGGGCCUCCUGAACUGCUACAGAGACAGCACGCAUUAUGCAUGUACACACUCUGUCACACUGCUUGGGUGUAACUACAGGGUAAAACAAGAGUUACUCACAAGCACAACAUGGGAAAGAAACAGUAUUAAUAUUGUUCAAAUGUCUAUGUGUAACUAUCAUUAACAUCCCUGUCAGAGAGACUUGUUAUCCUUGCAGUCAAAGGUAAAACAGAACCAAUCAAAUGUUCAAUUUGAUUGGUUCGGUUUUUCUCUGUUAUUCAUUUCUUGUGUCCAACAUGUUUGCCACAGGUCCUUCUCAUGACGUUAACUGUUUCUGUUAGUGCAAAACGUGUUGAUGCCGGAGGAGCAGACUCUGGUCAUGUGCCAGACUCAUGUCCUGUAUUGUCAAAUAAAAGAAAAUGUGUUUGACCAUUCGUCCUCUGUGUGGAGCCACAUUACGUCUCUCAUUUCAUGCAGAGCCGCCCCGAACAGCAAAUGUAUCUCAGUAACACCAACGUGUGAGUCACGCUUCCUUUAUCUACAGAUCUUAUCACAUCUAAUGUUUUACCGUUUGGAGGGUGGAUUGAGUCAGCUCCAAGGAGUCAUUUUGUGGCCCACUUAAGGUGCGGGCAGGUUUCCAUUGUUGACCCCCAUGGAUCAGCUUUGCUUUGUCUGACUGGCAGACUAGAUUCAGAUAUCUCCCUACGUUUUUUUCCCUUGUUCCUGUUAAAGAUUAUUUUUUUGGGGGGGGGGGGUUAAACUGUAUACAUGCGAGGGUCCAAGAACAGAAGAGAAAAGGUGCAGUUAAUGUACACGGGAAAACACCCUCUCAACAAAAUGAGUCACAGUGUGACCAACCACCAGUGUGCAUACCACUUACCAAACAGCAACCCACUCCAUGCAGAAGAUGAGGAAGUUUGUUUUUGCCUCACUGCGGACUAAAAACACCACAGCCCGCUCAGGAAUGUGUGUCACCUGGACUCUUACUCAAGGUUUUGCUCCUUCGUCACUAGCUCCUUAGUCAUUGGCAUGGGUUUGUCAUGAGGAAGUGGCCACAGACUUCAGAAUGGAUGUAGGCGUGUGUUUACACAGGGUUUGUGAUGAUGGCUCUGUGCAGUAAAGCGUGUUGGUGCAAAGACACUGACUAAGCAUAAUGACAGUUGUGGGAAUACUACUGGACACUGGGAACAAUUUACAGAUGAAGUUAAAAUCCUUUUAUGGUGUAUUAUGGCUUUUGAUAUUAAGCGCAGUGUUAUAUUACAUCUUUGAUUACAAUGAAAGACACAAUUGUAUGUAACAAACCUAUCAGCAGGGACUUUGAUUAAAUGCUAAAGAGCCAGGCUUUUCACUAUUUGCAGAUUAUUAGAGACCAACAUAAGUACCACAUAGUGGUCGUGAAGAGUUCAAACAAGUAAUAAGUAAACCACUGUGUGGCUUGGAUCUAAAUCCUUUACAAUUUGAAACAAAGGCAACAGCUUACCAUGAUCAAAACCUUUUAUUUAACUUAAUGGAGAGGGGUGAAUAUAAUAUUAAUAAGCAUUUACAAUUUACAAUAUAUAUAUAUAUAUAUAUAUUAUCUUACAUCUAUUAGAAUCGUGUAACACCUUUCAGCCAAGUGUGUAGGCCUACUGUAUAUGGGGAAAUUCCAUCUAUGGUCUUUUUUUCAGGAGAUGGGACGGCUUGGACCACUAUAAUAUAUAUUUUUUGUUUUAGUUUAGUUACUUUAUUCCAUAUCAUAAGUCAUAAUUAUGAUUUUUUUUUGUUUUUGUUUAGUAUUGGGUUGAACCAGUCUUUUUCAUUAUUUUUUUGCAGAAUAUCUGGACCAGUGUUCUAUGUGUAGGUUGUUUGAUGUGGUAUUGCUACACUGCUUUGCAUGGGUUGAAAGUAAAUGUAUUUCUUCUAGUACUUGAUUGUGAGAUUCUGCACAUAAGCUCUUUAGCCCGAUGGGUUUUCAAAUCAAUAGAAUGCUACUUCGUCACUCCAAGGUUUAGUAGAAUCAUCUUGAUGUCAUAAUUUGUGAGAUCUCAGUGUCGGUAUAUUUGAUAACAGUUCAGAAUAAAUGACGAUUGAAUACAGAUUAACUGUUAGUUAGUUCAACUUUUGAACUGUAAUAAUUGUAGUUUCUCAUUCUUUUACACUGUGGAUGCAGUUGUACAUCAGUUGGUCAUUAAGGUUUUCAUUGUAUUGGCAACGUUACCCUACCUGCAGUUUAAUGUUACAUGCAUAUUAUUUCUAUUUUAGACUUUACUUUAUUUUAAAAUGUACUUCUUAGCCUACUUCCACACAUUUUGGGGACUAAUACCAGAUAUUUUACA